GUGUUGUCUUUGAAUGGCACAACAUGGCAACCACAUGAAAACUGGGGUCAAAGCCAUUGCAGCACAACCUCCACAUGGUAUGGUUCUGCACGCUGCAUCUAAGGCUGCGAUUUCAAUGCAAGUGUCCAGUGACGUGACAUCAGGACAUGGGCAAGUAGUGAGAAGGCUGGGACAAGCAGUGAGAGUGCUGGACAGAUUGGGGAGAAGGCUGGGCCAAGCAGUGGGGAGAAGGCUGGGCCAAGCAGUGGAGAGAAGGCUGGGCCAAGCAGUGGGGAGAAGGCUGGGCCAAGCAGUGGAGAGAAGGCUGGGCCAAGCAGUGGGGAGAAGGCUGGGCCAAGCAGUGGAGAGAAGGCUGGGCCAAGCAGUGGAGAGAAGGCUGGGCCAAGCAGUGGGGAGAAGGCUGGGCCAAGCAGUGGAGAGAAGGCUGGGCCAAGCAGUGGGGAGAAGGCUGGGCCAAGCAGUGGAGAGAAGGCUGGGCCAAGCAGUGGGGAGAAGGCUGGGCCAAGCAGUGGGGAGAAGGCUGGGCCAAGCAGUGGAAAGACCAGGCAGAACAGUCAGCAGCCAGAGAUUGAAACUACUGAAGGAUGGCAUCUCUGCUGGGAAAAUCAGAAGGGUGGCUUUCCAAAAGCAGACAUUGCAUGGCUGAAGAACGAUGAACAGCGUGGGCUCUUCCAGACCCAAUCUUACAAGCCAAGAGGGACAAACAUCACAAGGAAGAGAAAGAUACUGAAGGAUGACCGGAUGUGGUUCUACCCUCCUGAGCCCCCCGGUGUUGUGCAUGGUGGCUCUCCCAAAGUAGAUACUUUCUUCCGGAGUAGGGUCUUCUUCUGGCGCCCAGUUGGAGUCUGGAAGUACAGCCUGCGCUGUCCUAGCAAGGACUGUCCAGGUGCCAAGGAUGGAAAGGGCAUCCUAUACCGCUGCGGGUAUUCAAACGCAGUCCGACAGAUCUGUGACAUCUCUGGAUGGUACUCCAUGGUCACCGAGGUGCUCGCUUGCAACGCUUGCAGGAACGCCGCCAAGACGUCAUCUGGCCAUAGCAUCAAGAAGUACCUGGCCUGGGAUAUCAACAUCAUCUCCCAACUCAGUCCAGCCCACCAGGCGUUCUUCCCAGCGGUGUUGACUCCCAAGCGAGGAGUGGACAAGAAUGUGGUGAGGCUUCUGCGUGACAGAACCGAGGGAAACACCAUGUCCAAAGUGUGGAGGCAGCUUCGCGAGUCCCACUGCGAGGACUAUCUCAACAGGAAGGACCUCUACACAACCAUACUGGAGCAUAUCGACCAACCAGGGGGUAUUGUUGGAUCUCUCGGACAUCAAUUCCAGGCUCCACCACCAAGAAGGGAGCUCCCCUGUCCCGACUUGCUGCGGAAGGCAUACCUGGUGUCGGAGGCAGCCAACGUCGAGGACUACCGAACACAGAUUAUGUCUGUUUUCGGGAAGGUGCUGAAGAUGGAUUCCACUAAAAAGAUCUGUAAGAAGCUGUCCGGGGAAGGGAAAGGCACAGCGGAAUGGUGCACAAACGUGGCCAACGAAAGGGGGCAGAUUCUCAUGAGCGUCCUAACCUGCGAGGAGUCCAUCGAGAAGCUUGGCCCCAUGUCCACUGGCCUAAUGACAAGGUACAAGAAGGCAGGAGAGGCGCCCCCGGACUUGAUGUACGUCGACCGUGGCUGCUGCCCGGCGCAUGGCGACUCGACAGUGGAGAAGCUGUUUGGGGAAUGGGUGGAAGGAGGGAUGCUGACUCGCCUGGACGCAUUCCACUGGAUGCACCGCUUCGACCAGGCUGUCCGCACUGACCACCAUGCCAAGUAUGGGCUUUUCAAGUCUGCCCUGAGUGCUGCUGUCUUCGCGUAUAAUAAGGAAGAUAUGGACAGACUGAUCAAUGCCAUCAGGGCAGGUUCCCCAAACAAGCUCGCCGGGCUUACAAACGAGCAAGUCAUGGAGACGUACGUCACCAAAGAACAGCUGAAGCACUACGUGCGGAGGGUGACGGUGGGUGCUCACGAAACCUUUUCCAGGGUCGAUUUCAUUAUCAACACUCUGAAGGGCGCGGCUGGUCUGGACGACAACCAGAUCCCGCUCUUCAGAGACGAUGAUGAAAUCGACAAAGUGUGGGCUUCGCAGCAGAAGCACCUGGAGUGCAUCCAGGAUCCCCCGGACAGGGCCAUGUAUACCAUCACGAAGUAUGCCACCAAGAAUGGCCACCAGCUCCCUUACUACACAACGGUAAGGGGGAGCAACAGCCUGGAGGGGUUCCACAAAUUCCUCCCGGCCAUGAUUCCGGGGCCCCAUUGUGCAGCCAUCCCGUUUCAAGUCUACCUGCUGAGUGGCAUCGCCAGGUGGAACACCAACAGGGAGGCCAACUCUGUGCUGGGGAAGAAGGGUCGGAAGAACACGAUCUACACCAACCCUGUCCUCCACCGGUUAAACCAGAGAUGUAAAAAGUUCUUUGGUGAAGAGGAAGAGGUCAACUUCCGCCCCCCUGUCCCAGUCGGAGUGGAGAAGAUUGGUCUGGAGUACUUGUUCUCCCAGUCUUCCCCCGACUUCUCCACAGAACAGCAUUAUGCUGAGUCGCGGGAAGUGCUCCAGACCAAGGAAGAUGAGGAGGAAGUCAGAGAGGAAGAAGGCAUGUCGCUAGGUGAGGAUGAGGAUGAUGGCUACAAAAGUGACGGAGAAGCGGAGGUGGCAGACCUGGCUGCCUUACGUGGUGCUGGCCGCAUCAUCCUCACCACCAACAGCACGGCGCCAGAGUUAGACCCCGUAAUCGAGGAUGUGUGCGGGUCGAAGCACGUCGAUGGCUAUGAUGCCGUGGAGGACCUGGCCAGGGUUCUGGUGGACAUAGCUGAGGAGGAGGGGAAGCUGUCCCUCACGGACGAAGUACGACAACGUGUAGUGAAGGCUUGGAACAAGCUGGAGCUACACGACAGGAACGUCCAUCAGUUUCACUCGAUGUACCGUGCCAGAUGGGGGAGCCCUUUGUUCGGACGGACAAAGGGCGAUCCCGCGACAGCUUCCUUGGUGCAGCGGUUGAAGUUCGCAAAACACCACGCUCCCGCUCACCUCAUCGAAUACAAGAACAGCCGGCUCAUGUACUGUGUCGUGAAGCAGCUGUGGCUCUCUCCAUCAACGCCCUCCACAACACCUGCCACUCCACAGAAGACACGUGUUGUGCAGCUCUACCAGCGCCUUCAGCACAGGGUCGUUGUGGACGACCCUGUGCUGAGCAAGCUUGGGAUCCCCCUACUCAAGAUCAAUGCCAAGAGUGUAAGGGAGUUCAUCCGCAGACAGGAGGCCCUGGCACGCCAGAAUGUGACGGACCAGGGACUGGCCAUGAUGCGUCGCCAGCAGAGUGUGUCAUCUGCAGACCCACCACCAGCCCCUGAGCUACCAACAGUGCUGCCCGUCACAAACAGGCCGGAGACAAAGUACAUAGCCAUCCCCAGUCUGGCUGGCACCAGGGUGUUGAAGUCGAGGCUUGAGCACUUUGUUCCCAUACCAUCAACAUCAAGCUCGUCAGCAACCCAAGUACUAGUACAACAACCUUCCACAAGUUGCUUUCUCACUCCCCAACCCACCACGUCAGGCUCUGCUCUGUCUUUAUCAGAGACAGAGCAGAUGGCACGGUCAACUUUCUAUAAGAGAAAGAACGAGUGUAAAACGGCCAUCAUGAAGCGCCCCAAAGUGCAGCAGAACAAUUGCUCUCUCUGUGGUUUGUCAACGCAAGGCCAUCGAAAAUACAGGGCAAAGAACUACUGUGAAGCAACAAGGAGAUCCACAUCUAAGGCCCUUGCCCACCUUGUCUUCAGAGACUUUGAACACUUCAAAGCAGAAGUGGACAAACUGCAGACGUAGAUGUUGACAUUCCUCUGGACUGUACAUAUGUAAAUAUUGUAUGAUGGCUGUUCAGUCAACCCCACUGUACUUAUUGUAUAUACCCUGUUAAUAUUGUAUAUAUACUGUAAAUAUUGUAUAUACACUGUUAAUACUGUAUAUACACUGUAAAUAUUUUGGAGGGCAAAGUCCGCCUGCCACCUCCUCGUGGUGCCCUCUGGGUAAUGCUAACGGCAGCGGCAAAGUUUCUUGAAUAAAAUUCUUAAUAUUAUAUUA